AUGCUCUCAUCAUCCACCUCACAUCUCGUCCUUGGGUCCCUCCUGCUCUUGGCAUUCAGCUGUGCUGUGUUUGGCGCUAAGGUGGAUUGCUCGAACCGAUGCUGCACUUUUGUGGAGAACGCAGCGGGGAAACUGAAGAACCUCCGAGUCCUGUUUCGUCAGAUCAGGUCCUAUUAUGAGGAUAAUGAUGACCUGGAGUCUGUGUUGCUGGAUGACGGGGUGCUGCAGCAGUUUAAGACCCGCUAUGGAUGUCACGUCGUCAACGAUGUUCUGCGUUUCUACCACGACAAUGUCCUUCCAGCUGCCACAAAUGACACACAGAAGAGUGAAGAAUUCAAGACGAAGAUCGACUCUAUUGGACAGCUACUGAAAACUCUAAUGCGUGACAUACUGCACUGUAGGAACUACUUUUCUUGCAUCGAGCCAUUCAGCAUCAACAAAAUGAUGAAUUCUUACAAUGGGAUGGAGAAGAAGGGCAUGUUCAAGGCGAUGGGAGAGCUGGAUAUCCUCUUCAACUACCUGGAGGAUUACCUCGUAUCCAAGAGGAGGACGUAACACCUAACGCUGACAUUUGACCUUGGAACUGACCUCCAAUGACCUCCUCUGGGUGACCUUGACCUUGACCUUGGAUUUUACUCUCAGACUCAACCUCGUGCUCUUCAAGAAAACCAAAAAAUGCUACAGUUUGUCAUGAGAGACAUUGCUCCAACAUUUUUCCAAAGCUCCAGAGUUCCAGAAUCAUUUCAACCUCCCAGUGUUCCAUUUCAACCUCCAAGGGUUCCAGAAUCCUCCCAGGCUUCCACGGUUCCUUUAGCUCCUGUUGUUCCAGGAGCGGGACCCCAUCUCCUCUCGUGCCGGGCCCCUGAACACUACCUCCCUGCUGGGCUACAUGUCGCCUCCACACUCCUGGACCCUGGAGGACCAAGGAUCUAUGCUUGAAACAGUAAUGUGCUGCCUUAAUGUAUUGCCUUGAAGACAAAUGGCUUUGAGUCAGCUUCAUAAUUGUGAUACUGUGGGUUAGAAAAUCAUCUUUUAUUGUAUUGUAAGGAGCAAACUGCUUAAUUUAUGUAUUUAUAAUUUAUUACAGUAUUUCAUUUUUACACUGGAUCCUUUUUAUUUAUGUAACUUAUUUAAUAAUUAUGUAAUUUAAAAAGCAGACACCACUGCGCCGAUGCUGUAAACUAUGUUUCCUCUGACUUGUGAGUAUAUUAUUCAUAUUUGUUAUCAUACUGGUACAUAUUUCUACGGUAUCCUGUGGAUUGUAAUUUAAAUGUAUUUUAAAUAUU